AUGACUUCCUUAACUUCGCAGUCUGUCAUCAUCCAGUCUCUGAAAACCUGCCUUUUGGAUCGCGAUCCCGUUACGUUCGGUGUGUGCCGCGUUCCAGUAGACGAUUUCGGGCUGUUCUACGGCAAAGGCGAUGCUGCACGACAGCUGUAUCUGCACAAUGCAUCCGACGCUGAACUGGAGCUUCUGGCGCGUGCCUGCACAGCGGCCACAUUUGGCAUCAAUCAGCAGGAUGUCUUCGAUGAGACGAAAACUUUUACCGGGGUGACCUACUCUGUAUAUAAAUGUCUUACUUGUUUAGGCGCCGGUGGCUUUUUCAAAGCGCACAAGGACACUCCACGGGGCGCUAACAUGUUCGGAUCGCUGGUGAUCGUGUUCCCUACGAAACACACCGGCGGAGAACUGAAGCUGCGUCACGGCGGAAAAGAAUGGACUUUUGAUUCAGCCAAGGAGUUGGCUGCUGCUGCAGAGCCGUCGAUCGGGUACGUGGCCUUCUUCAGCGACGUGGAGCACGAAGUGGCCGUCGUGCAGUCCGGAUAUCGCGUCACGCUGACCUACAACCUGUACUUCGGCGAAACUGUCACUCGCAACAUUGCCGUCAACCACGAACAGACUUUCAAGACCGGACUGGAACAGUUGCUAGCGGAUCCAACGUUUUUACCGCAAGGCGGACUGAUCGGCUUCGGUCUGCAGCACGAAUACCCGGUCAACGCCGAGACGCAGUUGUGCAGUUUAAUGGAAUGUCUGAAGGGCAGCGAUGCGCUGAUUGGGAGAGUGUGCCAGCAGUUGUCGCUGCCCAUCCAGCCGAAAAUGUUGACCGAGACCGAGGAGCACUACGACGACGACGAUGAUGCAUGGUAUCUGGAUUCGGAUGACAACGUGGAUGUCGUUGACUUGAAAGAAGAUGCCGAGAAGAAACGCAAGCGCAAAGAGAAAUUCCACAAACCGAACGUGCUGCAAGUGCUGACUGACCAUGUGGUUGACCUUUCGAAUGAGUAUGAGCUGGAGCAACCUGGUCGGGAAAUGCUGAAGAAGGAGGGGGUCUUGAUUCUUCCAUAUAGCAGUGGCAUAGCGCGCCGACAUCGGGACGCUUCAAAGGGAGAAAAGGUCAAGUAUUCCGUCGAUAUUCAGUGGAUCACCGAAGCGACACCGUACAACCAUGUCAAAACGGAAUACAUUGCUUAUGGGAAUGAGGCCACUCUGGAUUACCUGUACGCGUACGGCAGUGUUUGCCUGGCGGCUAAAGUUGGUCCAGCUGGAAAGCGUAUUGAAUAG